AUGUGGAGAUGUAGGAAACUGAUGAUAUCUCGGAUUCUCGGCAUCCGUGCUCUCCAGAUCAGCAUGACUGCUCCUGUGAUGGUGGAGCUGGAGGGUGAGACUGAUCCGCUUGAGAUUGCAAUGAAGGAGCUUCGACAACGUAAGAUACCUUGCACAAUCAGGCGUUACUUAGCGGAUCCGCAUGCUGUUAACCUUCUGUGGGAUAUCGAAAAUUCGAGAGUUGAACGUAAUCAGACGCUAGCAGUGUUCGACAAUGUUGAAGCAUCUCUGCAACUCUUGGACAGAAGGUACAGACUCUCUGAUACGCACCUUCUAGUGGGAAAUCUGAAUCUGCCCUUUAUCCAACCGUAUCAACACCAACUCGCUAAUGAAAUGCAUUGCAUACUCGUCGAUGCACCACACCGGUAUCGUUACUGCGCUGCACCUGCCUGUCCUAAUAUUGUUCAGCCUUCUUCCAACCCUAGUCUCCCUUUUGAGAGGCCAUAUGACGUUGCCGAGAGAAUAAUGCUGCAACAGGUCAAGAGACUCGUUUUGGAAGACCGAUUGGCCGACAACGUCUUGCUUGCAUCGACCGAUUCAGACUACUCUUCCACAGUGAGAAUGCUCCAACGCAACGGUUACACAGUGUUUAUCGCUGCUCUCAGUACUGCAAAAGUUGGGUAUGUAGGGCUCUCUAAUAAUUCAUGGCUGUGGGACAGGAUGAGUGUCGCUCCUACCCCAGAAUCAAAGCUUACGCUCGAGUAUGAGACAUGCAAGGAAGCUAGACCACCAGACCAGACGUAG